AUGCCGCGUUCCUUCCUGGUGAAGAAGAUCAAAGCGGAUGGCUUCCAGUGCAGCGGGGUGCCAGCCCCCACCUACCACCCCCUGGAGACUGCCUACGUGCUGCCCGGAACCCGCGGGCCUCCGGGGGACAACGGUUAUGUGGCGCACUGCCUGCCCCCCAGCGGUUACGAUGGCGAGCAGAAGCCUGGGCUGGAGCUGGCGCCCGCCGAGCCCGCCUACCCGGCCGCGGCGUCCGAAGAGUACAGCGACCCCGAGAGCCCACAGUCCAGCCUGUCGGCGCGCUACUUCCGCGGGGAGGCGGCCGUGACCGACAGCUACUCCAUGGACGCCUUCUUCAUCUCUGACGGGCGUUCGCGGCGGCGCCGGGCCGGGGCUGGCGGGGACGCGGCGGGCGCCGGGGACGCGGGCGGCGGCGGGGAGCGCGCAGGGCGCUCGGGGGCGACGGCGGGAGGCGGGCACCGGCACGCAUGCGCAGAGUGCGGCAAGACGUACGCCACGUCGUCGAACCUGAGCCGCCACAAGCAGACGCACCGCAGCCUGGACAGCCAGCUGGCGCGCAAGUGCCCGACGUGCGGCAAGGCCUACGUGUCCAUGCCCGCGCUCGCCAUGCACGUGCUCACGCACAACCUGCGCCACAAGUGCGGCGUGUGUGGCAAGGCCUUCUCCCGGCCCUGGCUGCUCCAGGGCCACAUGCGCUCGCACACCGGCGAGAAGCCCUUCGGUUGCGCGCACUGCGGCAAGGCCUUCGCCGACCGCUCCAACCUGCGCGCGCACAUGCAGACGCACUCGGCCUUCAAGCACUACCGCUGCCGCCAGUGCGACAAGAGCUUCGCGCUCAAGUCCUACCUCCACAAGCACUGCGAGGCCGCGUGCGUGAAGGCCGCCGAGCCGCCGCCUCCCGCCGGCCCGGCCAGCUGA